AUGUACUAUAAACAACACAUAUUCACAAUGCUAAAUCCAAUAAAGUACUCGUUAUCCCGUGUUCCUUUAACUAGAUACUAUGUCACUGCUACUACAAAGGCUAGCAGCACUGUAACAAGAUCAUAUAAUCGUUCCUACAAGCGAGCCAGUCCAGUCGUCAAACCAAAGGCAGUAACUACACCAAAAGAAGAAUUUGAAGUUGAACAAGAAGGAGAAGAAGAAAAUGAUAUUAUAGGAACUGGUAAUGAACUGGGAAGUCAUGGUAGUGCUUUAUUUCAUGAUUCUCCAUUAGAAGCUCCGCUCUUUAAUAAUAACAAUGGAACUAUUAAUUGGUCUGAUUCAUUCCAUGGUUUAGGGUCACAACCAUUUUCAAGAGAAAUUGCUGAUAUUUUAUUGACACCAAUAGAUGCUAAAGAUAUUGAGAUCAAACCGGAUGGAUUAUUAUAUUUACCAGAAAUUAAAUACCGUAGAGUUUUGAAUCGUGCGUUUGGUCCAGGUGGUUGGGGAUUGGCUCCAAGAACAGAAACUUUUAUAACUCCAACUCAAAUUAGUCGUGAAUAUGGGUUAAUUUGUCAUGGUAGAUUAGUUAGUAUUGCUCGUGGAGAACAAGAUUAUUUUGGUGGCGAAGACAAAAUUACUACUGCUUUAGAAGGUUGUAAAAGUAAUGCUUUAAUGAGAUGUUGUAAAGAUUUGGGAAUUGCUAGUGAACUAUGGGAUCCAGCUUUUGUUAGAGCUUGGAAGAAGAAAUAUUGUGAAGAAAUCUUUGUUGAACAUGCUACUAAAAAGACUAAAAAGAAAUUAUGGAGAUUGAAAACUAACAAGGAAAUCCCAUAUCCAUUUAAAGCUAUCUAA